UUUAUAAAAAUUUCAUUCCAUACGUAUUGUAUAUGCAAUGACAUUAAACAUUUUAAAUUUUAAUUUACUUAAGGGUUUUGGGAAGCUGUAAGGGCGUUUUAAUGUUGUUAAAGUUUGCAAAACAACAAUCAAUGAUUUUUAAUUAUUCAAGUGUCUUUUUACAUCUAAGUAUUAGCAGAAAUCUUUCUGCUUCUACAAUUUUUGCAUUGUCCUCAGGCUAUGGGAAGAGUGGUGUGGCUGUCAUCAGAGUUUCAGGAUCUCAAGCAUCAGCGGCUGCUGUGAGAAUAGGUGGAUUGAAAUUACCUCUGGUUCCAAGGCACACGUUCUUGCGGAAAUUACGUGAUCCACUGACAAAUAACAUUCUCGACCAAGGGAUAGUUAUUUGGUUUCCAGGGCCGCGCAGCUUCACGGGAGAGGAUUCAUGCGAGUUCCAGGUCCAUGGUGGACCUGCAGUUAUUACUGCAGUUCUACACGCCCUGGGGAAACUACAUGGCUUCCGGCCUGCCGAACCAGGUGAGUUUACAAAACGAGCUUUCCAUGCUGGGAAAUUGGAUUUGACUGAGGUUGAAGGUCUGGCAGAUUUAAUCAAUGCUGAAACAGAUGUCCAGAGGAAGCAAGCACUGUCGCAAUUGGAAGGCGACUUAAGCAGCCUGUACAAGAGGUGGCAGCUUGCUUUGAAGAAGGGUCCCGCCUACCUGGGCACACAUACGGUGUGCAGAGCUUCAGGAAAAACAACGCGAUUUCAAAACUACUCAAGAUAUCCGAGUGGGGCCUAUUUACAAAUAGCAUUUAAGAGUUCGCUGAGGGCCGAAAAGUACUUUUAAUUUCGGAUUAAGUUUUUAAACUGUAUUUUUAGAAGCGUUAAAAUGCCUAAAACGCGUGUUUUCAGAGUAAUUUUUAGGCAUAAAACAAUCAGUACAGAUUCUUGAAAGCACUUAAGGGGCUUGCAUAACACCUUUAUCUUCAUUUCUCCGCCAUAUAAUGUUACGGUCACCGCUCAAAUUUCACAGUUAUCCUGUGACGACGAGACGAAUGCGCGCCAGUUCAGAGACUUGCGCUUAGAGGCUAUACCGCGCUGGAAGCACCAGUGAGCGUCGCGCUUAUCAUCCCGCCUCACUAACACACCUACACCCCUGACGAGGCGGGCCCCUUAAGGAAUUGUCUUUAGAUAAUUGCUACUUAAGCUGGAGUCACAAGGCCACGACGCACACAACAUGACAGGCCUGACACACUCAGUACCUAAUGGAGUACAAGGUUGCAGUGACAUCAACGUGGCAAAAUACGCGCCCGACUGCCCGCAAGAAGUAGAUUCUAUGUCUCAUUUUAUCAUGUUGUGCUGCACGAUGGAAAGCAAAAUGGUAACCUUACAAAACUAAACCUCAAAAUUAUUUAUCUACUUAAUAAAUCUUUAUGUUGAAAAACAGCAGUGUGGUGCCUUCAACUGUUUAUAUAAACAAAUGUAAUUUUGUUAUGGUCAAUGUUAUUAUUCAACAUUUAUUCAAUAUUUAAUUUAAGAAUGAACCAGUUCAGCGAAGAACUGUUAAUUAAUAAAGUUCAGGCUCAUGGUAUUCUGUAUGAUGUUGGGUUGAAGGACUACAGAAAUCAGAAAGGGAAGAAAGAAAAGAAAAGAAAAAAAAACAGAAAUAGCAGUUUCUUUCUGUUUUUUUUUUUGAAGAGUAAGUAUCAAAAAUAAACCUUAUCUGACAUCUGUGCCAGAGACAAAUGUUGUGCACUAAAACUGUUAUUAAAAGCUUUCUAUAGGGCUUACAUUUUUUUAGCACAUUCUAUACAGCAUUUAAUGGAUGAAUUUGGCAUGGAAGUAUCUGCUGACAGCCAUAUUAGAGUUUGUUGUGUUAAUGUUGUCGUAGUUUUGUGAUCCUACGCUAUUAACUCUGUCGUGCUGGAAUGAUGUAUGACGUCUGAUCAGAUUUGUCAUGUCGUGUCCUUUGUAGCAUUGUGACUCCAGCUGAAGACCUAUAUACAAACUAUCUUUUACUCGUGGGUUCGCUCACGUUGAAUCCUUAAAUAAGUAUCAAAGAUCAUUGCAAAAAAAAAUUAUAGGGUAAUUGGUUUUUUUAUUGCAUGAUUGGGAUCUUCAGUAUUUAAAAAUUCAAACAUACAAUUUAGCUUAAAAAACUGAAAACAUGCUUUAUUGAAAUAUGUUUCACUAUUACAAAAAAUAAA